GGAGGGAGCAGCCUGGGUGGGCAGUGGGCGAGCGUGGCCACAGAGAAGGAGGCACACGCAGGGCACAGUGCCCUGGGGAUGAGCUGAGCUGCUCCAGGGGAGCCUCAGGCCAGCCCUGCCAGCAGCAGUGACGCAGGAGCCGCGGCUACGCCCGGGCAAACGGCAGGACCAGCCACGUCCUGCUCCUCGUCGCCAGGUGAGCCACCAAGGCUGAGCUGUGUCCCCUGUCCAGGGUGAGAUUGGCAGAGGGUUGAAUGCUGACUCUUGCCAGGAGAUGGACAGAGUCACCAGGCACUUGGUCUUCCAGCACCCCCAGCCCUCACUCAAGCAGGACUUUGGUGAUGCCCAGCAGACGGGCCCGUUUGCAGAGCACAGAGCUGACAGCGACGACGACGUCUUUGGCUCGUCCCAACACAGCAGCCAGAGGGUGGAGAAUGGCUAUGGCUGGAAAACGAGGUCGAAAUCACCCUCCUAUUUUCUGGAUGGUGGAAAAGAUGCCUGGACUCCAUCCCUGGACAGAGAGUCCAAGCUGGAGGUGGUGAGGUCAGGAAGCCUGUAUGAUCUCAGGGCUUACAGAGGUGAGAGGAAACCCUCAAAGCUUUAUGACGAGGAUGAGAUGGAACAAUACAGGGUCCCUCCACCAAGCAUCUCCCCUGAGAAAGCCAGAGAGCUGGAGGAUGAGAGGAGAGAGGUCAUCCGGAGCCAGGCGUUGAAGAAGAGCUCCACCAUAGCUGAGAAAUGGAGCUCCUUGGAUGAGCUGAGCUCCAUAAACAGCAGCAUGGGCAGCCAGGGUGAGGGCAGGCACACGGGCAGCUUCAGCAGCAGCUUUGCCAUGCACUUUGAGAAGCCUUCCCCAGGGAGGGCAGCGACACCCAUUGACCCCGAAAACAUCGACACGGAGCAGAUCAACUUCUCCGCUGCCCGGCAGCAGUUCCUGAUGCUGGAGAAGACCAACCCAGACUCUUUCUUCAGCCCAGGGCAACAGGCCAUGUCUCCAAAGCCAGAGUCGAUGACCAAAGUCUCUAGGCAAGAGUGGCACAGCCCUGAGGUGGCCCCAAAGGCUGCGAGAGGUUCCAGCAGUGCCGGUGCCUCCAGCCAGAGCAGGACGGACAAGAUCCUUUCCCAGAGUUAUGAUGUGUCCUAUAAGACACCUGUGAAGGAGGUUUAUGCUCCCAGAAGGGCUGACACUGAAAGGUCAUACGUCACUGGGAAGACUCUCAUCCUGACUAAAACAUCUUCCAGAGAGGACCUGGACUCUGGCUUGGGCGAGAUGUACAACGAAGCCAGCGCAGGUUACGCCAGCGAUGGAAGCGCCUCCAACGAGAACUUCAGCGGGCUCGUGGGUCUCAGGGCCAGCAGCAACGGCCUGGAGAAGGACACAAAGGUGGGCAAGGAGACACCCAUCGAGAGGGAGAUCCGCAUGGCCAUGGAGAGGGAGGAAAACCUGUGGAAGGAGAGAGGGAUCCAGCGGCUGACCUCCAGCAGCGAGCUGGUGGAGAUCCAGACCAAGCCUCUCCUCAACAUGCACGCCUCUCCCGGGCCAGGCAGGAAAGGGACAGACAAAGGCCGAGCUUCCCUUUAUGUCCAGCGGGAAAUCGAGCAGGAAACCAAGCGUGAGGAAGAUCUGAAGAGGCAGGGGAGGCUGCUGGGGACGUACGACAGAGGGACGCAGCAGGAGCUGGACGAGCGCAGGAGGGUGUUUGAGCAGGAGGAAGCCCCCCCGCAGAAGCCCCCUCCCACGAGGCAGGCAGACGAGAGGAGGGCUUGGGUGAACGACUUUGUGGUGCAGCAGCCCACCAACCACAGCCCCUACGCUGCAGAAGACCCCAGGGCUGCCAGAAACCUUCCCAGCUCCGGCGCCAGCAUCGCACACUUCCAGCUGUCCCAGCCGCGCUUCGCCGCCAGCGAGAAGAGCCGGGACCAGCCCCUGCUGUCCCAGCACGUUUCCAUCAGGGAGGUUUCCAGGGGAGGAAGGUUUCCCAGCUCCACCCCCAGCCCCACCAGCACCGCUGCCCUGCCCAGGGAGUACUUCUCCAUCUCCUUCUGGAAGCCCAAAGUGUCCUUCGUGGACGAGAUGGGGACGCAGAAGCCAUUAAGGAGGGAGGAUGGCCGGGAGGAGCAGUACAGGCUGAGGACCUGGAAGCCUCAGACAUCAGCACUGAUUGAGAAGGAGAUUGAGAGCGAUUUGCAGAGGGAAGAGGAGCUGCAGGAGCAGCGGCGGCGGCGGCGGCUGAUAGAUGGAUGGUCCCUGGUCAGCAGCGAUGGUGUGGCCCAGGAAGGUUCCCACUCACGGCACAGCUCUGCUGCCUCAGGUGUCAGCGGCACCUACUCAGUGUCUGGGUCUCCAGUCUCCACUCCUGCCUCACACCAGCCGGGGGUCCUGGGGCUGAUGUCGUCCUUCACCCCACUGAGAGUGUCCAGCCCGUCCCAGGGCAGCACAGAGACCCCCAACUCAGCCCGUUCCAGCCCCUUCGAGGAGCGACGGAGGAGGGUGAAGGAGGAAGGAAAGUACGCAGGCAUUGAACCCGUUGACAAGAUCAACACAGAGGUGGUGGAGAGCACCAGAGUGAUUCGCCACAAGAGCACCAUGGCCCAGCGCUGGGAGGCCGGGCAGUACGUCCGGGAUGAUGACUGAGGGGCUCUUGGAGCUGGGGAGGGACAGGACCAGCAGCUCUCACCCUGUGCUGGCCCCUGGCUCAGCUGGUGCAGGAUGGAGACACCUGACCCGUUCAGCACUUGGUUAUCGUGAGAAUCAGAGACUUGUACACUGCAAAUCGUGUCUGGUUUUAAUAGAACAGAUGAUCCAGUGCUUUCAACGUGCUCAUUCAUUCCCCUUUCCCUUGGAGGAGACUCAUUCUGCUCUAUUUUUGUCUUAAGAGGGGGCAAAUCAACUCACUUUCUUUUAAUCACUUCUGCAAGGAGACAGCCAUCAAAUUGUACGGUAAUUUAACUCCUUUCUCAUGGGAAGCUGCAUCUCUGCCUCACCAAAAAGCUGCUUUAUCCCCAAGCAGUUGUAGGUUUCCAGGUGCCACGACAUCAGGCGUCACCUCGGAGGGCACUGGACCAGUAUCAGCAUCAAACUGGGACUCACCAUCGCUGCUGAACUGCUGUGAUCUGCCGAGAUGCAGCCACUCCAGAGCCGCCCUCUGUACAAACGCUGUUUGUUGUGCUAAUUUAUUAAAGAGUCGUUGCUCA